GCUCUGCAAACUACUCAAGUUCUUAUUUACGUUUGAACAAUAAUGAUGUGUAUAUUGCGCUUCUCUGUUCUGUUUUUAUAGUACAAAGAAAGAAGUAGCUGCCAUAUUAAUCUUUCUGUUCAUAUAAUUUUUUGAGUAAUGGGAGAUUUUUGAAUUUAAUCUCCAAAGUGUUUGAUGCAAGGGUUUUUCAAGAAACAGGCUGAAAGUGCUCUUUAUGGUUGAUGUUUGUGUGGGUUUUUACAAGGGAUUGAUUUUUGAAAGUUUGCGAUUAUGGAUGUAGUGGAGAGUACAAAGAGUGUAGAUUUAGGGGUUGAUUGGGAGAGACAAUUGAGGGAGUGCAAGAAAAAGUGUGCUGGCUUGGAAUUGGUGAUAGAACGGAAGAAUAGUGAAUUCAAGUGUCUCGAGGAUAAGUUUAGAGUUGUGGUAGCUGAAAAUCUUGAAAUUAAAGAAGAGUUUGGGGUUUUAAAUAAAAAGUACGACGACCUCGAGAAGAGGGUACUGGAAAAUGGUAAUGAAGAUAGAGGAAAGGAGGAAUUGGAAGAGAAAGUGUUGAAAUUAAUGGCGGAGAAGAAAGUUUUUGAGGCUGAGAAGGGAAAGGCUGAAAGUGAGGUUAAGGUUUGGAAGGCGAAAUUUGAGGUGCUUGAGUUACAAGUGAUGAAGUUGGAGGGUAGGAACAAGGACUGUAACAUGGCUGGAAAGGUGAAAAGCGAGACAGGAAUACGGGAAACUGGAAGCAAGGAGGUGGGAUUAGUUGAUCGUUUAAGAGAUGGAUCAUCGCAUCUAAAGUGCUCCACACACCUGCAAGCAGAAAGCACAGUCAAGAACUCCAGAGGGGAGAUGCAUAAUGUCGCUGGGGUGAUAACAAGUGCCCAACCCUCUAUUGAAGUAACCAAUAAUUUAAAGGUAUCAGAGGAAACACUUGCAACUGAUGCACCUAGCCUUGCUGGAACUGGAACUAGAACUGUACGUGGAAGCCAAGUUAGGAAGCAAUUGGCAUAUGGAGAAGGAAGCCCCAGAAGAACAAGGGCAUCAUCUAUCCCUGGUGGUUCCAGACGUGCUUCCACAGGUGUUAUUGACAUUGGUGAUACUGAUGGUGAACAUGAAAUGAUAAUUCCUAAUGCAAGUACUCGGGAGAACGAAGAUAAUAAAACUGUUUCAACUGAUCAUCUGGGUAUAAAUUUGAACGUUAAAGAAUGUGCUUCAGAUAAUAAAAUUGAGGAAACGUUUCUACACCAGAGUUGUGAGGACAUGAUUGGUGGCAAAGAGAAUUCUCCACUUAAUGCAACUCGUAAAAGAAGAAGAGCCGCAAAUAUUGUUAACAGUGACAGUGAGGAUGAAGAUAUUCAACUUCCGAACCUGAAUGUUGAUACUCAGCCUGAAUCUGUCAUGGAUUUCCGAUCGAACAGCUCCCCUGUGCAUGGUACUGAAUUAGGAAACGGUGUUCAUAAAAUUGCAUCAAAAAGGAGGCUGGUGACUCUUGGAAAUGCUGCCUCAACACCCAAAAGGAAAGGAGAACCCGAAGUCGUUACUGUUGGUGAAGGUGGGGGUGGUGAUGAUGAUGAUGAUGAUGUACCAAUUAGCCAGCUUGUAACUAACGUCAGCUCAGUCCGAGCUGCUGUCUUACGGAACAGAGUCCCAUAUUCUAUUUCAAAACGACGCUUAGCGAGUUUAAGAAAAUUUAGUGAUAAUUGGCUACAGAAAAGUCCUAAUACUGAGAGCAAUUUGAAUGCUCUGGAAACAAAUUAUGAACCUAGAAAUUUCAAAGAAGAUGAUAGUGAUGAUGCUAGUACAGAUGAGAAUGCAACGGAGAGCAGCGAUGAAAGCAUGGAGGGUUUUAUUGAUGAUCGUUCUGAUAUUUCUGUGAAAUCUGACGGUGAAGAUUCUCUAUUAAUAGAAUCAGACAGCGGCAAUAGUAUAUCAAAAAAUUCUGACCAUGGUGAAGCUUCGGGUGAUUCUGAAAAUAUAUCAUGUGAUGAUAUGAACUAUCCAGAAAUUAUGUCCCAAUUGAGAAGGAAGAGAGAUAGUCAUACUUCAAAGUGGGAGUUCGAGGCUGAAAUGCUUGCUGAUUUUGGGAAGGACCCAAAGAUGUGUAUGAAAGCUGUAUGUGCUCUCUAUCGGCAGCAAACAAUUGACGAGCAGUCUAUCAAAGGAGCAAUACACCGCAACAACCGAGGGUUCAGUCUCCGUGAUGCCUAUAGGGGUACAUCUAUGGCUGAGUUUCUUACAGGCGGAAGUGGGUUAGAGUUGCGGAAGUCUGUGGAGGAGUUGAAACAGCAUUCAAGCAAGGGCAUUGAACUGUGCAGAGAACUGGCGAAGCACUACUCUAAACAAUUAUUCACAAUCUACACAAACAAAGAGGAUCCCUUUUUUCAUCCCGACAAGAUCCAUGAUUGACUUUGGUUAUUUCUAUUGGAGUUCCUAACGAGUGAUGCUAGGUAUCCCAAAUUUUCUCCCAAAUGACGUGACAGACAAAUUUUCUCCCAAAUGAUGUGACAGACAUGUGACGUGUUUUUUAUGUACACACUGGGAAAUUUUUUAGGGUAACUCCUGGGUACAGAGCAUUUUGCAUGUAAAAAUGUACAUAAUAGUAUUUUUAGACAUAACAGUACUUCCAGACAAUAGUACUUCUAGACGUUGGUAUAUUCGUGAAUGUUAUAUAAAAUAGUAAGUUGAGAUAUUACAACUUUUUUUUUAA